AUGUAUCGUAACUAUAGCUGGUACAAAGCAACAGAGCCUAAAAGCUACGAAUCUGAAAUUUACGACAAUGGUCUGAAGUUUGAGAGACCCAGCAUCAGUGUUGAUCCUAGAAGUUGGGAACCUUUGGCCAUGGAUCGCUUAUCCAAGGAUGCCACUGGUUACGUUUAUGGUUCUGCUGGAAAACGAGAGACUACCGAAAAAAAUGCAGAGUCUUAUAAGAAGUGGUCCAUCAUUCCCAAUCGUUUAGUCAAGUCUGAUUUCCCGAAUCUAGGGACGAAGCUUUUUGGCAGAAACUAUUCAUUCCCCAUUGCGCUAGGUCCUGUCGGUGUUCAAUUGAUUUUUAAUCCGGAAGGUGAGCGUGGUUCCAGUAAAGCUGCGACACUCGAGCAUGUCCCAUACAUUAUUAGUACUGCUUCUUCUUUGAGCUUCGAAGAAAUUGCCGAGAGUAGCGGUCCUGGAGAAAGAUGGUACCAGCUUUACUGGCCUAAAAACGAAGAUAACGACAUCACCGCUAGUCUAUUGAAGCGUGCAAAAAGUAUUAACUGUGAAGUUUUGGUCGUCACUCUAGAUACAUACAUUUUAGGUUGGCGCCCUUCUGACAUGGACAAUGGUUAUGAUCCUUUCUUAAAACCUGAUCAAGUUGGUGUUGCAUUGGGAUUAAGCGACCCAGUCUUCCGUAAGCGUUUUAAGGAAGAGCAUGGCGUAGAAGUUGAACAAGAUUUGCACAAGGCUGCUCGUGAAUUUUCUGGGAUUAUAUUCCCCGGUACUUCUCACGAUUGGGAAGACCUCAAGUUUCUUAGACAGCACUGGGACGGUCCUAUUGUUCUCAAAGGUAUCCAGAGCGUUGCUGAUGCGAAGAAGGCUGCUGAGUUUGGCAUAGAUGGUAUCGUCGUUUCCAAUCAUGGUGGUCGUCAACAAGAUGGCGGUGUCGCCUCUUUGACAAUGCUGCCAAAGAUUGUUGAUGCUGUUGGUGACAAACUCGAAAUUAUCUUUGACUCUGGUAUUCGAUCUGGUGCUGACAUUGUUAAAGCACUUGCUCUCGGUGCAAAAAUGGUACUUAUCGGACGUCCUUACGUUUAUGGAUUGGCGAUCGCAGGUACAAAAGGUGUUCGUCAUGUAAUUCGUUGUCUACUAGGUGAUUUGGAGUUGACCCUGCAUUUAUCUGGUAUUCCUUCAAUUGCUCCGAAGGACUUGAACCGUGAUAUCUUGUAUUAUGAAGGUUAG